AUGUCUCCUCCGAAUACCGGUGAGCCCAUUCAAAUCAUCUCGACCAAGCAUUUAGACAAGCAGGAAUACCAACCGUACGUGCGACGCUCUAAACCCAAGAAGGACGAUGCGAAGGACAGCGAGUCCUUUCAGAAAAUAGUCUGGAGAAACGUCCUGAUAUUCGUGGUCCUUCACAGCCUCGCCCUCUAUGGCAUUUGGCUCAGCCUCAGCGGGCAAGUCACCUGGAAAACAUUGCUAUUCAGUUUGGUGUACCUAUCGGGCGCCAGCACGGGCGUGACGGGCGGCGCCCACCGCCUCUGGUCGCACAAAACCUACAAAGCCAAACUCCCGUUCAGAAUCUGGCUGAUGCUCUGGCAAACCGCCGCCCUGCAGAACGACAUCCACGAGUGGAGCCGCGACCACCGGGCCCACCACAAGUUCACCGACACCGACGCCGAUCCGCACAACUCCAACCGCGGCUUCUUCUUCUGCCACAUCGGCUGGCUGAUGAUGAGGAAGCACCAGGACGUCAUCGCCAAAGGCAAGGCCAUCGACAUGAGCGAUAUAGAAGCCGAUCCCGUGGUGAUGUGGCAGAGAAAAUAUUACGUUCCAUUGGUUGUGGUGUUAACGUUUCUGCUGCCCACUUACAUCCCGGUGUACUUUUGGAACGAAAACCUCCGCACCUCCUUCUACGUUUGCAUCGCCCGGUACGUCCUGCAAUUGAACGGGACCUGGUGCGUGAACAGCGCCGCCCAUCUAUGGGGCGGUCGACCCUACGACGGAUCGAUCAAUCCACGGGAGAACGUGUUCGUCUCCACCAUAGGCUACGGCGAGGGGUGGCACAACUACCACCACACCUUCCCGUGGGACUACAAGGCGGCGGAGCUGGGGAACUACCGGCUGAAUUUCACCACGGCGCUGUUGAAUUUCAUGCGGUACGCGGGCCAGGUGUACGACCUGAAGACGGCCAGCGCGGAGAUGAUCAGGAAGAGGGUGGCGAGAACGGGGGACGGCAGCUGGAGCAACGGGCCGAAGAUCGAGGAGGCGGGGGACGAGGCGCAGGCGAAGGUGGAGGGGCACCAUCACAAGGACAUGGUGUGGGGAUGGGGCGACAAGGACAUGGCCGAGGAGGAGAUGGAGGACGUGAGGGCGUUCAAUAAUCUGAUGGAGGAUUAG